AUGGCAAUUGCUAUUAACAAGAUCAGGACAUUGACAACAUGCAGGUUCAGCUUCAUAGGACAUAACAAGGUCCAAGUAUCAACGAUUAUUGCUCUUCUUCUGCUAGUCCUACAAAAUGCAGCAUCCAUCAUUAUAUCUACAACACAAAUCCAGUCCUGCACCACCACCGAGGACAAGCGAUUCGAUCCAUUGACAGGCAUCCUCCUGUCCGAACUUCUCAAAGUGACCAUUUCUUUCGUUUGCAUCACCCAAACGGCAGACCCAGAGCGCAAUUCCCUUCUUAGCACUCUCAAAAUAGGCCACGAAGAAGCCACCCUCCCAGCCCUCCUGUACACCGCUGCAUCCUUCGCCCAAAGCAUCGGCACCUCGCACCUCGACCUCGUCCCCUAUCUCGCCCUCUCCCAAACCAAAAUCAUCCUCACCCCGCUGCUGGCAACCCUCCUCCUCAACCAAAGGUUCACCCCGCAGCACUGGACCUCCACCGUCACAAUGACAGCCGGAAUCAUCCUCGCGCAGACCGGCGCGUCGCAGCAGACCCAGCACCUAACCACAGCAUCCACCAACACUCAUUCCCUCCCAGGAGUUCUCGCAAUGCUCCUGUCAGGGGCUAGCGUCGCCCUAGGCGGAAUCAGCAUCGAACGAUCCCUCAAACGCUCCGCAACCACAGCCACCUCCGCAACCACCUUCUUCGUCCGCAACGCCCAACUCGCCGCGCACAGUCUCCUCUUCGCUCUCCUCUCAUUUCUCUGGAAGUGGCUGUCGAAUUGCAAAACCGGCACGGAUGUUUCAAGCUUCUUCGGUGGCUUUAGCAGCCUGGUAUGGGUAUUUGUAGUCUUGCAAGCAGCCGGCGGGUUCCUGGUGGCGUGGUGUGUAGGGGUUACGAGCUCUGUGACGAAGAAUUAUGCGCAAGGCUUGGGGUUUGCGAUUGCGAUUUUGGGGCUGUUGGUUGUGGAGCGGAGGGAUGUUGAUGUGAAGGUGAGUGUGCCUUUAGCAUAG